AUGGCUUUGCAAAUCAACGAAGGAGGCUCUUCUUUUUCCACUGCCCGACACAUGUAUGACGUUUUCUUGAGCUUUAGAGGUGAAGAUACUCGUUAUAAUUUUACUGGUCAUUUAUAUCAUGCUUUAUGUGACAAAGGUUUUAACACCUUUAUUGAUGAUAACCUUCAAAGAGGAGAAGAAAUUUCAACAGAGCUUCUCAAAGCCAUAGAAUUGUCAAUGAUUUUGAUUGUUGUAUUUUCUGAAAAUUUUGCAUCUUCAACUUGGUGUUUGAAUGAACUUGUCAAAAUUCUUGAGUGUAAGAAUUUUGACCAAUUAAUUCUACCUGUUUUUUACAAAGUAAAUCCAUCAGAAGUACGUAAACAAGAGGGAAAGUUUGGGAUUGCACUAACUGAACAUGAAGAAAAGCAUAACAAAGAUAAGGUUCAGAGUUGGAGGGCAGCUUUAACCAAAGCAACUUAUUUGGUUGGAUUCUCUUACAAGGAUGGUUGCUUUGAAUCCAAAACUCAGUUUAUCAAAAAAAUUAUAAAAGAGAUAUCAAGUACCACAUCAAAUCGGACACAACUAUUUGUCGCUAAAUAUCCAGUUGGAAUAGAUUCUCGUGUGGAGGAGAUAGAAUUGCUUUUGGAUACAAAGUCAAAUGGUGUUCGCAUGCUAGGGAUUCUUGGUCUUGGAGGAGUAGGUAAAACUACAAUUGCAAAAGCUAUUUAUAAUAGAAUUUUUGGUCGUUUUGAUAGGAGCUACUUUCUAGAGAAUAUUAGAGAAAAGUCAUGGACAACCAAUGGCAUAAUCCAACUACAAGAGACACUUCUUUCUAUGAUAUUACAAGACACAUAUUUAAAGGUGGACAAUGUUCCCAAAGGAAUUGAACUGAUAAUGGAUAGGCUUUGUCAUACAAGGCUUCUUUUAAUUCUUGAUGAUGUGGAUGAAUGGAACCAGAUAGAAAAUUUGCUUGGAAGUUGUGAUUGGUUUAGUUCCGGAAGUAGAAUUAUUAUAACAACAAGAGACAAACAAGUGGUAACCACUCUUGGAAAAGAUCAUCUAGUUUAUGAGGUUAAGAAAUUGAAUCAAUGUGAAGCUCAUGAACUCUUCAGGCUGCACACCUUCCAAAUGAAUAAACCAAGGGAAGACUAUUCAGAAGUUGCAAAGCAAAUUAUACAUUAUGCUAAUGGUCUUCCAUUAGCACUAAAAAUAAUAGGCUCUGAUUUGUGUGGAAAAGGAUUUGAGAAGGAUUACGUUACAAAUAUACUAGAAACUUGCAAUUUAUAUCCACGUGAUGGUAUUUGCAAACUUAUCGAUAAGUGUCUCAUAACUGUUAAUCAAUGGGGCAUAUUGUCGAUGCAUGACUUGUUACAACAAAUGGGCAGGGAAAUCGUUCAACAAGAAUCUGAAAACCCUGAAAAUCGUAGUAGGAUAUGGUUUUAUGAGGAUGCUUAUGAAGUGCUAACUAGAAAUAUGACAUUGGACCUCUCUUUUUGUCGUGAAUUAGUUACGGUUCAUGAAUUGUGUGUCACAAACCUAGAGACAUUGAAACUUUCUUAUUGUUAUGAGUUAGUUUCGGUUCAUGAGUCCAUUGGAUUUCUUGAUAGGCUACGGAAAUGGGACCUCAAAAACUGUGACAGUCUUCAAAAUCUUCCAAACAACCUCAGGUUGAAAUCGCUUGAAGAAUUGAAUCUUUUCGCAUGCCCUAUGCUUGAGAAAUUCCCCAAUAUUCAUCAAGAAAUGAAACGUUUAAAGAAAUUAGAAUUAUCUUAUAGUGGCAUCAGAGAGUUGCCUUCAUCAAUCGGGUAUCUUACUCAGCUUACUGAAUUAGGGUUAAAUGGUUGCCACAACCUGAGGGAUCUUCCUGACAGCAUCUACAAAUUGCAAAUGCUUGAGGUCUUACGUAGUAACACUGCCAAAUUGAGACCACCGUGUAAUUCUUUUGAUGGACUUUUUGAAUAUGGGUUUCCAAGCUUAAGGAAAUUGUGUAUCAAUGAAUUAGAAUUUUGGAUGAAGCCCAGUUACUUUCCCAUAUUGAAAGCUCUAAAGCUAUUUGGCUCUGAUAUUAUUGGAGAAAUUUUAUGUGAAGGAGAAAGAAGCGACAUAUUUGUGGAUCCACGGUCAUUAAUUGGAGAAUUUUUUGGUGAUGAAGGGGAGAAGCGUAGUUUUAUAGUACCAAUUACAGAGAUUCCAAGGUGGUUGAAUUCCAAGCAUCAAAGUGUUGGAAAUUCCAUAUCAUUCCAUGUUGGUCACAAAUUUCCAAAUGUUUUUGCCGUCUAUUUCGCUUUUGGACUGGAGAAGCAUCCAUUUGAUGAUUUCGCACACUAUGCAUUAAAUGUCUACCUCUCCAUUAAUGGUUUUGAAGAAGUUUGGAUUAAUGAGAUUGUGCUAGGUGAUGAUUCUGAUACUCUGUGGGUAUUUUCUAGAUCUCAUCUCAAAUUGCAGAAGCUAUUGAAUGAAUCAAAUCCAUCUGAUUACAAUCACAUUGAGGUUACAUAUGAAUGGGACCUCGAAUGUUCUUUUGAGCUUAGAAGGGGGGGAGUCAAAGUAGAAUGUAUAUGUUGUCCUCAAAAAUCUAGUAUCUUGUCUUCAAUGGCCCUUACCCUUGUUGACUAUGAUUCUGACUCCAAUCUAAAUCUACCAUUAAAGAAGAGGAGAAAAUAUUGA